AGAAUACACAGUUCGCUGCGCUCUGUUCCGUGGAGAGGAGUCGGAUUACUGACCCGCACCUGCGAUAGUUUGAACGAGAACUUAGCGAAAAGUUUAAAGGCAAUUUGGCAUAAUGAAGACUAAAGAAGUGGCUCAUGACUUGGUGCGGGAUGACUUAGCCCACUCGACACCGGCGUCAAAUCUUGCUUUCAACGAAGAGGUGAAAGCGCUCAUAAAAUCGGGAAGGAAGAUAGCUCACUUCGGCUUUGGUCUGUCGCCGUUCCCAGUUCCGAAGUGUAUGGUCGAUUGCGUGAAGCAGUUCGUCCCUGCCAAUGAUUAUUUGCCUGUCGUCGGCAUUCCAGAACUGAGAGAAGAAAUAGUGAAAUUCCACGAAAGGUACGACAACAUCACCCUGAACGUCAACAACUUCGUCAUGGGCCCUGGAAGCAAACAGCUCAUUUAUCUCGUCAUGACCACAUUUAAAGGAGACAUUCUCUUGCCUGCUCCUGCAUGGGUCACGUACGCACCUCAGAUCCGCCUUGCAGGGAAGGAACCUAAAAUAAUCCAGACGGACAGUAAGAGCGGUUGGAAGCUCACUCCUCACUCCUUGGAAGAGGCUGCUGUCCUGUGCGGACCCGGAUGGAAGCUUCUCAUUCAUACGAACCCAGGGAAUCCUAGUGGUACAUGCUACACGCACGAGGAACUAAGGGCUCUCAGUGCCGUGUGCCGUAAGCGGUCGAUCAUAGUGCUGAGCGACGAGAUCUACGCUCGGCUGACCUUCAGCAGGGAUCACGCCUCCAUAGUGCAACAUUAUCCCGAAGGAACCAUCUUAAUCACAGGGUUCAGCAAAUGGGCGUCAGCUGGUGGGUGGAGACUUGGGUACGCCCAUUUUCCGAAUAGGUUGCAGGAAAUGUUCAAUGCAGUCAAAAGCGCAGCUUCGCACACCCAUUCAUGUGCACCGGCCCCCAUGCAGUAUGGGGUCGCCAAGGCACUUAAGGAGAACGCUCAAGAACUGGACCAGUACAUGAAUAAUUGCGCAAAAAUCUUGCAGGCCGUCAGUAACUACUGCCACAGGGAGCUGAACAGCGUGGGCGUCGUCGGGUGUGAGAGCGAAGCUGGGUACUACUACAUACCCGACUUCGAGGUCGUCCGCGGCGGUCUUCUCGCCCUUAAGAAGAAGGCCGACGGGGAAGUCAUGUCGAGGUCUAUGCUGGAAGAAGCUGAUGUGGCGUUAAUGCCAGCCGCUUCCUUCCUGAGGCCAGCAGAGGAACUGAUCUCCAGAUUCUGCUUCGUCUGCUUCGAAGGAGCCAAAGCGCUUGAAGCACUAGAAAGCUUGCCCUCCAAUGUCGUCCUCGACGACGACUUCGUCCGCCAGUACUGUUUGCCGGUGGUCAUGGGCGUGGAGAACCUGAAGAAGUGGAUUAAGAAGUAUACGAGAUAAAACCAGUUUGGGAAAUACGUCUGAGUGGGUUAAGGAAUUUCCUAGGUUUUUCCACAAGCGCUCAGACUCUCUCUCUCUCUCUCUCAAAUUCCUAGAAGGUUAAUAGGACUCUAUGAGAGUGAACUUAAUAUUCUUAAGAUAAAACAGUUUUUAUAAGAAGUGAAAAAUAAUUAAAAACCCAUACUUUUUUUUGUGUCAAAUAUACAUACCUGUCUCGUGUAUGUCAAUUGAUAUGUAAAAAAAUCUUUUAAGAGAAAAACUAUUCAUCAUAAUGGUAGUAUGCAUUUUACCUUUCGACUGACAGCAAAAAUGGAAAUAAUUAGGGAAAUUUAUCUUAUCGAAUGUAUGAAGGACAUCAUGGCUAAUACGG